AUGAUGAGUGUGACUGCCCUGGAGAAGUGGAAAGAACAACCCAAUCUUUUAACAGGUGCCGGCGUCAGGUUUAGGAUAUCAGAGCGGUAUAUUCGUUCAGGAGGACGUGCCGCUGUCAGGCUGGGGGACGCCCCAGAAUCAGGAGGUGACCACCUACUGUUGGUCACCGUCAGUACGGCGACGGGCCCUUCAUCAAGGUCCGGCCGUGUCCGGUCAGAAGGGCUUAGCCCUUUGGAAGCUGUCAGGUUAACGUGUCGGCCCUGUUGGGUUCGGUGUCUGUGUUUUCUGUUUGUCUUCCUCUUUGUCUGUGUGUUGUCCUACGUUCAUUUGUUGUCUCUUAAAAUGGGUCAGGGGAUGAUUACGCCUCUAUCUCUCACCUUGGACCACUGGAAGGAGGUUAAGGAACGGGGGUUUAAUCUCUCGGUCCUCAUAAAGAAGGGACCGUGGCAAACUUUCUGCACCUCUGAAUGGCCCACCUUCAAUGUGGGCUGGCCCCCUGAAGGUACCUUUAACCUCUCCCUUAUCUUUACCGUUAAAAAAAUUGUCUUCCAAGCAGGCCCUGGCUCGCACCUGGACCAACAGCCAUAUAUUAUCGUUUGGCAAGAUCUGGUGCGGAACCCGCCCCCCUGGGUCCGUCCAUGGCUAAUACCAGCCACCUCACAGGUCUUAGCCCUCCACUCGCCAGGAGCCAAGAAGCCUUUGGAAGACCCCCAGAAUGACCAGCUCCUCCUAGAUGAUGUCCCACCUCCUUAUCCUCGCCCCCCGCCGCCUCCAGGCGCCCCACAGGAGGAGGUCAUACUACCCUCCGCGCCAACCCUUCCUCCCCCAGGAGGGCCGGUACGCGGAACCAGAAGCGCCCGUGGACGACAAGGAGAGUUUCCCUCCCCAGAUUCCACUAUUACUUGCCCCCUCAGAGCCUAUGGACCCCCUCCUCCUCCCCCUGAAGAUGAGGGUCCCACUCCCCUCCAGCCCCUCCAGUACUGGCCUUUUUCGUCCGCCGACCUAUACAAUUGGAAAACUAACCACCCCCCUUUUUCCGAGGAACCCCAGAGUUUGACUGGGCUGGUGGAGUCGCUGAUGUUCUCGCACCAGCCCACAUGGGAUGACUGUCAGCAAUUGUUGCAAACCCUCUUCACUACAGAGGAAAGGGAUCGGAUCCUCCUUGAGGCGUGGAAAAACGUGCCCAGGGUGGACGGGAGACCAACGCAACUCCCAAACAGCAUGGAGGAGGCUUUUCCCCUUUCCCGACCAGACUGGGACUACAACACGGCUGACGGUAGGGAGCGACUGACAGUCUAUCGCCAGACUCUAGUGGCAGGCCUCCGGGGGGGGCAGCAAGGCACCCUACUAAUUUGGCUAAGGACAGUUGACCUGGGUAGGGGAACAGUAACCCACUCCUUCCUGGUGAUUCCUGAGUGCCCGAUGCCACUCUUGGGACGAGAUCUCUUGACCAAAAUGGGAGCCCAAAUCAGCUUUACCUCCGAGGGGCCCCAAGUAACUACAGCUUUAACCACCCAACUAAGUGAUGAGCACCGGCUUUUUGAAGACACCAGGCCGAGCACCCAACCCCCGCCUGACUUACUUGCCAAGUACCCCCAGGUCUGGGCUGAAACAGCUGGGACUGGACUGGCGAUAAAUCGCCCCCCCAUAGUGGUGGAACUGAAGGCAACUUCUACCCCUAUUGCGGUCCGCCAGUAUCCUAUGCCCCGAGAGGCACGCGAAGGGAUACGGCCCCACAUCCAAUGCCUUCUUCAACAAGGUAUCCUACGAGCAUGCAAAUCCCCUUGGAACACCCCCCUCCUCCCUGUCAAGAAACCAGGCACCCAAGAUUAUCGUCCAGUCCAGGAUCUAAGAGAAGUGAAUAGGAGAGUGCAAGACCUACACCCCACAGUGCCAAACCCCUAUAAUCUGCUUAGCUCCCUCCCCCCAGAUAAAAUCUGGUAUACCGUCUUAGACCUCAAGGAUGCCUUCUUUUGUUUACACUUACACCCUUCCUGCCAGGACAUCUUCGCUUUUGAAUGGACAGAUCCGGAUAGCGGCAGCACGGAGCAACUCACCUGGACCCGACUACCGCAGGGCUUCAAGAACUCUCCCACCCUCUUCGAUGAGGCACUUCAUCAAGACUUAGCCUGCUUUCGUGUCCGCAACCCAGAGAAAGAAGUCACAUACCUCGGUUACCAGCUCAAAGAAGGGAAAAGAUGGCUGACGACGGCAAGGAAGUAUGCAGUAACGCAGAUUCCACCCCCACACACACCUCGUCAAGUACGUGAGUUUCUGGGAACCGCAGGGUUUUGCCGUCUCUGGAUCCCUGGUUUCGCUGCUCUCGCUGCUCCUCUUUAUCCCCUUACUAAAGAGGCGACCCCAUUUCUAUGGGGUCCCCAACAACAGCAAGCCUUUGAGAGUAUUAAAAAGGCGCUACUAUCUGCUCCAGCCUUAGCUCUGCCUGAUGUAACUAAACCUUUCACCUUGUAUAUUGAUGAAAGGAACGGGAUAGCCAAAGGAGUUUUGACCCAGUCUCUAGGACCAUGGCAGAGGCCAGUUGCUUACCUCUCAAAAAAGCUUGACCCAGUCACCAGUGGCUGGCCAAUGUGCCUGAGAGCAAUAGCGGCAGCCACCGUGCUGAUCAAGGAUGCUGACAAGCUAACCAUAGGGCAAAUCUUGACAAUAAUUGCCCCACACGCUCUCGAAAGCAUUGUCCGCCAACCCCCUGACCGAUGGAUGUCCAAUGCCCGCAUGACUCAUUAUCAAAGCCUCCUGUUAGACCAAGACAGGAUUCGCUUUGGCCCUCCUGUCACCCUUAACCCGGCUUCUUUACUACCGGAGACUGGGGCCUCAGGAGAGGUCCUGCACUCCUGCUCUGACAUUCUCGCCGAAGAAACAGGCACAUGGCAAGAUCUCCAUGAUCAACCUCUACCAGGCGCACAACUCACCUGGUUCACGGAUGGAAGCAGCUACCUCCUAGAAGGUAAGCGAGUCGCCGGGGCUGCCAUAGUGGACACUGAAUGAACUAUAUGGGCCGAGCAUCUACCCGGAAACAUUUCAGCCCAGAGGGCCGAACUAGUCGCUCUGACUCAGGCCCUCCGGUUGGCAGCAGGCAAAAACGUAAACAUCUACACUGAUAGUAGAUAUGCCUUUGCCACGGCCCACAUACAUGGGGCUAUUUACAGGCAACGGGGGCUGCUCACCUCGGCGGGAAAAGACAUUAAGAACAAGAAGGAAAUUUUAGACUUACUGGAGGCCAUACACCUCCCAAAGAAGGUAGCCAUAAUUCACUGCCCCGGACACCAAAAAGGGGCCUCCAGCAUAGCCACCGGGAACCGCCGUGCGGACCUCGCAGCCAAGCAGGCUGCCCAAGGCAUUCCCACCUUCUCAGAUUUGGGACUCAGACAAGAGACCCCUGAAGGAGUCAGACGAACCCCUUCGGAAGACAAAAUCCUACCGGAAGAACAAGCCCGGUCCUUCAUCACCUACCUACACAAACUCACUCACUUGGGACCCAAGCACCUCCGAGCUCUAGUCCGAUCCUCCCCUUACUAUGUCUUUAACCUGAAUAAAUUAACUGAAGAAAUAACCAAGACCUGCCAACCCUGCCAGCUAGUAAAUGCCCACCCCAGUACAGCAACCUACAACAAACGCCUCAGGGGAGACCGCCCUGGCAGCUACUGGGAAGUAGACUUUACUGAAAUAAGACCUGCCAAAUACGGGUACAAAUACUUACUAGUGUUUAUAGACACCUUUUCAGGAUGGGUGGAAGCUUUUCCAACAAAGACAGAAACCGCCCAGAUCGUGGCCAAGAAAAUUUUAGAAGAUAUCAUCCCGCGGUAUGGCAUACCUAAGGUACUUGGCUCAGAUAAUGGCCCAGCAUUCGUUGCCCAGGUAAGUCAGGGACUGGCCAAAAUCCUGGGGUACAAAUGGAAAUUACAUUGUGCAUAUAGACCCCAAAGCUCAGGACAGGUAGAAAGAAUGAACAGAACUUUAAAAGAGGUCCUGACUAAAUUAUCCGUAGAGACUGGCAUAACAGACUGGACAGUCCUCCUCCCCUAUGCCCUCUUUCGGGUACGAAACACUCCUACCCCUUUCAAGCUGACCCCUUUUGAACUACUAUAUGGUGCCCCCCCUCCUUUAACUGCCUCUUGUACCCCUAUACCCGAUUCUCAUUCUUAUCCGUUUCUACACACCAGACUAAAAGCCCUAGAAACAAUACAGAAAGAAAUCUGGAGCCAAGUAGCUGAAGCAUACAUCCCCAGUGAUCUCCAAGUGCCACACCAGUUCCGAGUUGGGGACUCAGUCUACGUCAGACGACAUCGAGCCGCCACCCUGGAACCCAGGUGGAAGGGACCAUACAUAGUCCUUCUCACCACCCCAACUGCAGUCAAAGUCGACGGCAUCUCAUCUUGGAUCCAUGCAUCCCACAUCAAACCCGCCCCGCCGUCUGCAGGCCAGCAAUGGACGGUGGAGAAGAUGGAGAAUCCCCUCAAGCUCCGCGUCAAACGGACUUCUCCUCCUGAUUCUAGGCCUCCCUCUGAUAACAUUGAACAGGCUCUAGCUCGUGCCUCCAGACCCCCGGCACGCAUCCAGUACGGUCUCCUGGGGUCAGUAGACACGGGAAGCGGUGGAGCCAUAGGAUGCCAGACAACUGGGCAUCGCACUCUUUUGAGCCGCACUCCCUUUUAUGUCUGCCCCAAAGAUGGACAACCCCCAACCCUUAAACGGGCUUGCGGGGGACCUGAUCAAUUCUUCUGUGCACAAUGGGGCUGUGAAACCACCGGUGACGCCUAUUGGCAUCCCUCCUCACGGUGGGACUGGAUCACUGUACGGCAUAACAGCUCAGGGCAAUGCACCCUCAAUAUUACCUUCACUGAAAAGGGGAAAAAGCAACAAGAAAACUGGUUACUGGGCCGUACUUGGGGUCUCCGCUUCUACCUUACCUACGACCCUGACCCUGGACUACUGUUUAAAAUUAGACUCCUUGCCCAACCGAUCCUCCCUCAGCCCGUAGGACCUAACCCCAUUCUCCCUAAAAGAAACCCUUAUCCGCCUCUAGCUGAGUUGCUACCAUCCACCAACCACUCUAUCCAACCCAUAGAGGCUGUCCCCUCCAAUACGAGCAUAAGCCAAAGACUUUUUAACCUAGUCCAGGGAGCCUUUAGCACCCUCAAUACCUCAAACCCAAACCUAACCAACCCCUGCUGGUUAUGCCUGAACCCAAACCCCCCUUACUACGAGGGAAUUGCAGUCCGUGGUACCUCUGCAUUCGACAACUCCUCUACCUGCUGUGCCUGGGGACAUGGAAAACUCACCCUCCCCGAAGUCUCCGGACAAGGUACUUGUAUCGGGCACAACUCUUCCCUCACACACUUGUGCAACCAUACGAUCCCGCUACCCCGCAACUCGAGCUGGGCAAUUUCCCCCAACGGCACUUGGUGGGCCUGUACAACAGGGCUCACACCCUGCCUCUCUAUAUCAGUCUUCAACACCUCCCGAGAUGCUUGUGUUUUAGUCCAAAUACUCCCACACAUCUCAUAUUACACUGCUGAAAACUUCCAAUCCUCUUUCUCAGACCUACCACCCAGAAUUAAGAGAGAGCCUAUCUCCCUCACCCUAGCCGCUCUCUUAGGCAUAGGGGCCGCUGCCAGUCUUGCUACUGGCACCGCUGCCCUAGUCCAUACCCCCACUCUCGUCACAGAAUUACAAACAGCCAUAGAUGAAGAUUUAAAAUCCAUUGAACUCUCCAUAACGAAACUAGAAGAAUCCCUGACCUCACUUUCUGAAGUGGUUCUCCAGAACCGACGAGGAUUGGAACUCCUCCUUCUCAAGGAGGGUGGACUUUGUGCAGCUCUUAGAGAAGAAUGUUGCUUUUAUGCAGACCACUCGGGAGUAAUUCGAGAUUCUAUGUCCAAACUUAGAGAGCGUCUCGACACCCGUAAACGGGAACGAGAAGCCGCACAAAGCUGGUUUGAAAGUUGGUUCAACCGAUCCCCCUGGCUCACCACUCUCUUGUCCACACUCACAGGCCCCCUCAUCCUCUUAUUUCUCCUGCUCACUUUCGGCCCUUGCAUCCUAAACAGGCUAAUCAACUUUGUAAAAGAACGCAUCAGUGCGGUCCAAGUAUUGGUACUUCAGCAGAGGUAUCAACCACUCCCCCAAGAUUCCUCUCAGUUUCAGGAUUGA